CCUCCCGGCACCGCAGGCGGAGCUGACCCUGCCGAGUCCCGCCCCGAGCCUGCGUCCGCCAGCAGUCCAGCCGGGGAGCCAUUAAAAGAAGGAUCUAAGAAAGAAUUCCGGCUGGCUGCCCUUCUCAGCGCUCCAAGCCGCGCCAUGCUCGCCCUGCGAAACACGUUGACCAGAAGUCUAGCCGCGCGGACGCCGACGCCUCAGGUAUACUCAUUUUUUGCUACAGGAUCCAGACAAUACGAUGGAACAUUCUAUGAAUUCCGUACUUAUUAUCUUAAGCCCUCAAAGAUGAAUGAGUUCCUGGAAAAUGUGAAGAAAAACAUUCAUCUUCGGACAGCUCACUCUGAAUUGGUUGGAUACUGGAGUGUAGAAUUUGGAGGCAGAAUGAAUAAAGUGUUUCAUAUUUGGAAGUAUGAUAAUUUUACUCAUCGAGCUGAAGUUCGGAAAGCCUUGGCCAAAGAUAAGGAAUGGCAAGAACAAUUUCUCAUUCCAAAUUUGCCUCUCAUAGAUGAACAAGAGAGUGAGAUUACUUAUCUGGUGCCAUGGUGCAAAUUAGAGAAGCCUCAAAAAGAAGGAGUCUAUGAACUAGCUACUUUUCAGAUGAAACCUGGUGGGCCAGCUCUGUGGGGUGACUCAUUUAAACGGGCAGUUCGAAUUCAUGUCAGUCGAGGCUACACAAAACUAGUUGGAGUGUUCCAUGCAGAAUAUGGGUUACUCAACAGAGUUCACGUUCUUUGGUGGAAUGAGAGUGCAGAGAGUCGUGCAGCUGGGAGACAUCAGUCCCAUGAGGAUCCCAGAGUUGUGGCAGCUGUUCGGGAAAGUGUUAACUUCCUUGAGUGUCAGCAGAAUAUGCUUCUGAUUCCUACCUCAUUUUCGCCGUUGAAAUAGUUUUCCAUGGAAAUAUGGAGCCUUUCGUUAACUGUCAAGAGAUGUGUCUGCUAACACAAUGCUUAAAUUCUCCCAAGAGAUUUUCAUUUUUAUAUGGAGGUGGUAAGUUAAUUUUCUAUGUCCCUUGCAUUUUUAAAGCCACCUCCAGCAUCACUACCACUUCAGGAAACAGUUCUAUUCAUUUCCCCCUUGGCAUUUCAGUAUCUCUUAAACAUUAAAAAUAGUUGUUGUUAAAUAUUGUAACAACUUUGUAUGGUGAUAGCUGGUAGCUAGAAUUAUCAUGUAUAUAAAUGUUGAAUCACUGUGUU